CUUCUUGGCAAUCACACGUGUGAAUCGACCUCGUCGCGCUCACCGUUUUCUUUUAUUACUUUUUUUACACUGCUGAUCUGUUGUCACCGCGGUAGAGGAGCAGAAGAACAGAUCUCCAUUGCCAUUGAAUCUCCCCUCGCGGAGAUUCAUACGAGGAAGUUUAAUGAUGGAUAAAAGGAAGAAUUAUUGUACUUUUGAAGGGAAGAGUUGAGUUACCCCAUCUAAUUUGCCCAGGAAACUGCUAAAAUGCUUUUGGCUGUAGAAGGAGGAGGAUUCUUUUCUUCUUCGGCAUCAGGGUAUACUAACGGUCUUGCCCUUUUGCUUUUUGGACGAAGAAAUGAAGAACCCAUUAAAGUCUCACCUUGGAAUCGUUACCAGUUAGUGGAGCAGGAGUUUGAACCUGAACCUCGGUCAACAGCCAGGAAAACUCAAAAUUCUCAGGGCUGUGCUUCCUUCAAUUGCUUUGGGUGUGCUCAUGUGCAACUUGAUAGGCAUUCUCCUAGUUCAGUCAGUCUUGUUAACCAGUCUGAGACUCAUCCAGAAACAGCCUCUUCUGACACGAGUAAGACUUCAACUACUGAUGCUCUUAAUAAGAGUGACAAGAAGCCUUGCCUGAAGAAUAAUUUGAAGAAACCUUCCAGAGAUUGUUCUGCAAGUUGUGAAGUAGUCAAUGCCAAUGAACUUUCAGAACAAGUGGAAAAUGAGACUUCUUGUUCCACACUAGGGAGAAAAGUUCAGUGGACAGAUAAAUGUGGCAAAGAGCUUGCCGAGAUCAGAGAAUUUGAACUCAGCCGCCUAUAUAUUUUCGUCUCUCACUCUUCCAAGGUCCUGCGAUCGCUAUCCCUCUCGUAUCUCCGAGGAGAAGGACGGCAGCGAGAUCAUGGAGGUAAGAGUCCGCACCGCGGUGGCAGUGGCCCUCUCGCUGGCGAUCUCGACAAGAGCUUUUCGCCAUAGGUCGCUCGAUCUGUCUGGGGCGAUCGCUGGGUUCCUGGUGAUGGCGAUCCACAUCGCGGCCGGAUACAGAUUCGGCGCGCUCCUGCUCGUGUUCUUCUUCACGUCCUCGAAGCUCACCAAGAUGGGCGAGGAAAAGAAGCGAAAGAUAGAUGAGGAUUUCAAGCAAGGAGGACUGCGAAAUUGGAUACAAGUAUUGUCUAAUAGUGGACUUGCAACUAUUUUAGUAGUUGUAUUUGUAACCGUGAUUGGGGGACAAGAUACAUGCUUGGACACAAAAAGGUCAAAGCUUUUCACUGGCCUUAUUGGUGGCAUUAUUGGGCAUUAUGCCUGCUGCAAUGGAGACACUUGGUCAUCUGAAAUUGGAUUACUUAGCAAUGCGCAACCCAGACUAAUCACUACAUUCAAGACGGUUCGAAAAGGUACAAACGGUGCUGUCAGCAUAGAGGGACUUAUAGCAGCCGCAGCUGCUGGUUUUGUUAUUGGGCUUACUUCUGUCAUCACCGGGUCACUUGCAGCAGCUGACUGCUCUACAGAUGCAGUCUGGAAGCAGUUGUUACUAAUUCCAAUUGCUACUAUUGCAGGGUUGGGUGGUAGCCUGAUCGAUUCAUUGUUAGGUGCAACUCUUCAGUUUAGUGGCUACUGCACUGUAAGGAAAAAGGUGGUGAGUAAUAGAACACCGACUGUGAUCAAGAUAUCAGGAAUGAGCUUGUUGGACAACAAUGCUGUAAAUGCCGUAUCAGUGUUGCUGACCACUAUCCUUACUUCCGCGGCGUGUCUGUACAUCUUCUGAUUUAGCUGGAGGCCUUGAUGCUGUAAAUUUGUGACUCAUGUAACCAUAAGCAACUUUUGAUCCAGCCUCGCCUUCUAUUCUGGAUUAACACAAAUGUGCCAUCUUUUUCUGUCCUUCAAACAUCCUCUGCCUCAAAUGUACCUUUCAAAGCUUCUUUGUUGCAUUUUUCUUCUGUUUUUAGAUCCUGUUAAUUUGCAAACAAAUGUUCUUUUCCCGAAUGAAGUUUUAUGGAACCUUGAUGCGGUA